AUGAAUUGUUCUCACACACUCGUACACUCUCCCACUCACGCUCGCGCUCACAUUGCCGCAGGUUUAAAUCGAUUGUUGGCCGGAUUUGAGGACAAGUCCGCCUAUGCGCUGUGCACUUUUGCAUACUCGACCGGACCUGGCACAGAACCGAUGCUGUUUGAAGGCCGAACCGACGGAAGGAUCGUUUCACCACGCGGUCCAACCGAUUUUGGAUGGGACCCGAUUUUUCAACCGGAUGGCUUCGACCAAACGUGA